UUAACAUCUUGAGCUGCCAAGAAUCCUCAGGCUCAGACCAAAGAAAAGAAACAGAAGAACAGCCUAGACCCCAGCACCCCCCCCCCUAGUUGAAGCACAUCAUGUCUAAAGAUGAUGGUGGUGACGCUAGUACUGGUACGUUACAACUCAAAGUGAAUGAGUUACGUGAGGCACUGAGUAAAGACAUGGCUGGCUGUGACUGUCUCCUCUCCUUGUUCUGGUCUGCUCUGUCCUCCUAUCGUCAUGACACCGUCCUGAGACCGUACCCUAACCAGUUUAUACUCAGUAAUGGAGACAAGGAUAUUGAUGGACUGAGAAGUGUUUUCAAAACCUUACCCGGUCUUAAUGAAGUAGUGCAGCAGCUGGACUCACUGGAUGAUAGAGUCAUCACGUUACUCUACGACAUUAUUUGCACCAAAGGAUUUAGACUCUCUUUUAAACCUGGAGACAAGUUUUCUCUAAUUGAGUCUCAGACCUCAGUUCCUGCCCAUAAAGUUCAGCCAUAUUGUUUCUUUGAGUUGCAAUAUUCUUCAGAAAGAGAGGAGAAAUGGCAGAGGACAGCCUCAGAAUAUGGAACCUUCUUAGCCUAUCACGGGAGUAGAAUGGAGAACUUUCACUCGAUCGCUCAUAACGGACUCCUCAGUCACAUGAACAAGGUCGGUAUAUUCGGAGAGGGUACGUACCUCUCCACUGAUCUCUCAGUCUGUAUGAACUUUAGUCCCUCAGCCACCAGCUGGACCAAGAGCUCUCUCCCUCCAUUGUGUAGCAUGAUGGCUGUCUGUGAGGUGGUCUCCCACCCUGAUAUAAGGUCUAGGGUACAGCAUGGCGGAGAACCUUCCAUUAAUCAGAAAGUGCCAGAGAGAUACUUUGUGGUGACCAAUGAUGAGAUGCUGAGAGUUAAGUACAUUCUUGUCUUUGCACAAGAGAGAGGGAGACCAAGUCCUACCAGACGAUGGUUUUCCAACCACAAGUGGGUACUGAUGGUCUUUCUCUACCUGUUCCUUCUCCUCUUUCUUGGUCUGUGGAAUUCUCGUUAUGUCUCAAGACUUUAUAACCAAUACACAAGAAGAUAUAUAACACUGUAGCUAGAGUACAUCUUCAUUUAUUAUCAUAGAAUGUUUGUGAAUUUUAUUUAUACUGGGUAA